GCCGGGCCGGAGAUGCGCUGAGGUGCCGCGGGCCAGGCUUUCUGCUGCCCGCACACCUGGGAGCGGGGCGUAGGCGGGGGGUGGGAGCUCAGGGCACCGGCAGCUGGAAGCGGGCCGGGCCAGGGGAAAGCAGCGCCGGUAGCCGCGGCAGGAGGCGGCAGAGCGGCGGCGGGAGCAUGGAGCGCUGCUCUCCCUCCCCGCCGGAGCAGGAAGCGGUGGAAGCGUGGCUGGACGAUCACGGCGACUUCACCCGCUCUUACUUUGUUAGAAAAGCUACAAGAGAAAUGGUUAAUGCAUGGUUUGCUGAGAGAGUUCACACCAUCCCAGUCUGCAAGGAGGGAACCAAGUCCCAGAGUGAAGCCUGUGCCUGUCACCAGCCUGCUUGUGCUGAGACCACCAACUCUGGGACACCAGCGAGGAAAAUCUCUGCUUCUGAAUUUGACAGACCCUUAAGGCCUAUUUUUGUCAAGGACUCGGUAGGAGCAGUGAGCUUCCUCUCUGGCUCUGACAAGAAGGAACAGAUGCCUCUGCAAUCUCCAAGGAUUGAGACCAGUGCAGGGGAUCAGUGUUCAAGACUAUUAGAACUUGUCAAAGAUAUUUCUAGUCACUUAGAUGUCACAGCGCUUUGCCAUAAGAUCUUCCUACACAUCCACGAGCUGAUCGCAGCCGAUCGCUAUUCCCUGUUCCUGGUAUGUGAGGACAGCUCGAAUGAGAAGUUUCUCAUGAGCAGGCUGUUUGACGUGGCAGAAGGAUCCACCCUGGAAGAAGCUUCCAACAACUGCAUUCGCCUGGAGUGGAACAAGGGCAUUGUGGGUCACGUGGCAGCCAUAGGGCAGCCUCUCAACAUCAAGAAUGCCUAUGAGGAUCCAAGAUUCAAUGCAGAAGUUGACCAGAUCACAGGGUAUAAGACUCAGAGCAUUCUCUGUAUGCCAAUAAAGAAUCACAGGGAAGAGGUUGUUGGUGUGGCUCAAGCAAUCAACAAGAAAUCUGGAAUUGGUGGCACUUUUACUGAACAAGAUGAAAAGGAUUUUGCUGCAUAUUUGGCAUUUUGUGGAAUUGUUCUUCACAACGCUCAGUUGUACGAGACGUCUCUGCUCGAGAACAGGCGCAAUCAGGUGCUUCUUGACCUUGCCAGCCUGAUUUUUGAAGAGCAGCAGUCUUUGGAAGUAAUCCUGAAGAAGAUAGCAGCCACUAUAAUAUCUUUCAUGCAGGUGCAGAGGUGUACCAUCUUCAUAGUGGAUGAAGACUGUCCUGAUACAUUUUCUAGUGUCUUUCACAUGGAAUCUGAGGAAUUAGAAGAUUCAGCUGAAAAUCUCAAGAGGGACUAUGACACAAACAAAAUCAAUUACAUGUAUGCUCAGUAUGUCAAGAAUACGAUGGAGCCACUCAACAUCCCAGAUGUCUGCAAAGACAGAAGAUUUCCAUGGACGAGUGACAAUGCAGAAAACGUAAGUCAGAACAUAAAGAGUUUGCUGUGUACACCAAUAAAAAAUGGGAAAAAGAAUAAAGUGAUAGGGGUUUGCCAGCUUGUGAAUAAGAUGGAAGAAAACUCAGGAAAAAUCAAGGCUUUCAACAGAAAUGAUGAGGAGUUCCUGGAAGCAUUCGUCAUCUUUUGUGGCCUGGGGAUCCAGAACACACAGAUGUACGAAGCUGUAGAAAGAGCCAUGGCCAAACAGAUGGUGACAUUAGAGGUUCUCUCAUACCACGCUUCUGCUGCUGAGGAGGAAACGAGGGAGCUGCAGGUAACAGUGGCUGCUGUAGUGCCAUCUGCACAAACUCUCAACCUGACUGACUUCUACUUCAGCGAUUUUGAGCUGUCAGACUUUGAAACAACGCUGUGCACAAUUCGAAUGUUCACAGACCUCAACCUGGUGCAAAAUUUCCAAAUGAAACAUGAGGUUCUCUGCAGAUGGAUUUUAAGUGUGAAGAAAAAUUAUCGGAAGAAUGUUGCUUAUCACAAUUGGAGACACGCCUUUAACACAGCACAGUGUAUGUUUGCUGCUCUGAAAUCUGGGAAAAUUCAGAGCAAACUGACUGACUUAGAAACACUGGCUUUGCUGAUAGCAACUCUGAGCCAUGAUCUGGAUCACAGGGGAGUGAACAACUCUUACAUACAAAGAAGCGAACAUCCUCUGGCUCAGCUGUAUUGCCACUCAAUCAUGGAGCACCAUCAUUUUGAUCAAUGCCUUAUGAUCCUGAAUAGUCCAGGAAAUCAGAUUCUCAGCAGUCUUUCCAUCGAAGAAUACAAGGCCACACUGAAAAUGAUAAAACAAGCCAUUCUUGCCACAGACCUGGCACUAUACAUAAAGAGGAGAGGAGAAUUUUUUGAACUUCUAAGGAAGAAGCAGUUUAACUGGGAAGACCCCUCACAAAAGGAGCUAUUUUUAGCAAUGCUGAUGACUGCUUGUGACUUAUCAGCUAUAACCAAACCAUGGCCAGUUCAGCAACGGAUUGCUGAGCUUGUGGCUACUGAGUUCUUUGAUCAAGGAGAUAAAGAGCGGAAGGAACUCAACAUAGAACCCACGGAUCUAAUGAACAGAGAGAAGAAAAACAAAAUUCCCAGCAUGCAGGUUGGAUUUAUAGAUGCAGUUUGUUUGCAGCUGUAUGAGGCCCUAACACACGUGUCAGAGGCCUGCUCCCCUUUGCUGGAUGGCUGCAGAAAAAACAGGCAGAAAUGGCAAGCCUUAGCUGAGCAGCAGGAGAAGAACCUGAUUAACGGAGAAAGCAAUCAAGGCAAACGGAACUGAGCCGCUGCUUUAACCGCCACAGCUUAAGUUCCCGUAGGAGACACAGUAACAGGGGAGUACUGCGUUUUGCUGAACACUGUACGGAUUUGGCUUACGUUUUGCCACUGCUGUAUUACUUUUCCACAUUUCAAGAUAUAGCAUGACCAUGUAGAUGCUGAGAUUAUCUGAAGACAGUAUGUUUCUUUUACUACAUGUGACUGAGAUGGAAAAAGACCUGCAAGGGCAGUUUUUGCUACCCUACCCCAAAAGAAGGUACUGGUGCAGGCACUGACUGUGCCUGAGAGCCUGUCGCUUUACAGAUGUACAUAAUUGUUUAGUGAUCAUGUUGUGGCCAGUAUCUGAAAGACUACUGUAUUUUGCACCUUUUCUCUCUCUCUCUUCCCAUCUUGCUAUGUUAUGUUAUAAACUUAUUGAGCAGUCUUGCCUGUUCUCUUUCCAGAGGUUCAGAGGAAAAAUUGGGACUCACUCAGGGGAGCCUACUCCAACAUAAACUAUUGCUAACCUCUUUCAGAAAGCAGAACUGGGCUCUGAGGUAAAAAGCCCCAAAAUCUGUGCACUCAGUAGGGUUUGGGUUUUUUCCAUAUUAGAUGGAUGUCUUAGCAAAUGUGUUAUUCCAACUGAAGAAAUUCUAAGACCCCUGUGAAUUACUAGGCAAUGGGGGUCUUAGGAGUUUUGUGGAAGAAGUGUCAUAGUUAUCCGUGACCGAUGGAAACUGCUUGAAGACUGAUGAAACGUUCCAACGUAACUGACAGGCUGCCAUGGAAGAACAGCUCCCAUAGCUGCAAGAAGCGUCCAGAGAAACGGAAACAAAACAGGAUUAAUUUUGCAUGCUGUUUUUAACAUUAUUUGGAAGUUGAUUUUAACAUCAUCUAACCAAGAGACUGAAUCACAGACAGAAGAGAAUGACUGCAAGAGCAAGAGGUGAAAAGCUGAAUCAGAAUGAUGCAGGAAUGGCACAUUCCUGGUGACCAUCAAUGACUGAUUCUUCAGGCCAGUGUUAUGGCUACUAUGGCUAUGACCACUUAGAAAAAAGUUUUAUGAUAACAUCUCUUAAAAGUCAUUUUUAACAUUAGUUAAAAAUGACUAAUCAUAGUGUCUUAAAGAAAUAGGAAAAGAAUAAUACCAAAAGCAAAAAUAGCCAAGAGUGCUACAGGGAUUUGCCAUUUGUAUGUGAUGCAUUAACAUUCUGAAAAGUAAUAAAUCAAUGAACUUGCACUAGUAAAAAAAAAAAAAUGGUGUAUUAUUUAAAUGAAGAUGAUUAAUAAAAAUGGUUUCGAAUUGGGAACCAAUUAAAGAAAAAAUACACACUGGACAAAUCCCAAAAGAGGAAUACAAGGAGAGUACUCUUCUUUAGGUAGACAGGACAAGGAGAUGAAUGUCAGCAGUCUAAAAUGCAUUAGCAGUACAUGUAACUUUGGCUGCACAGAAACACACAAAAUGUUCCAGUUUUUUUAAUCUGUAAUAAUCUUUUUUUUUUAGUUAAAAUCAGCAAUUGUAUUUGGCAAAAGUAGCACAUUUGGCAUUGCACUUUAAAGUGUGGGAACUUAGUUCUAUCACAAUAAUGCAGGAAAUUCUAGUUGGAAAUUGCAAUAAAUUCUUCUUCCCAGGAGAUUGUCAACCCCAACUUGUAAGAGCUGGUCAGAAAGACAGGGAAAAUUCCCCCUUUUUAUCAAUGUUGUCAUUUAGAUAAACUAUACCAGAAGCUAAGAAAAGAUGAAGCAAAGGUUUCAAAAUACUUGAUGAUAUUGAGUUACAGAGUUGAUAUUUUUUUAUAUGUAGAAUAAGGUAUUCUGACAGUCAGCAGCAUUUCUGCCAACCUAAAUUAUUUGUCACUGAUUAAGUCCUGUCUCAAACUUCUCUAGUGAGCACCAAUAAUAAAUUAUUGCAGCUGUGAAUUUGAAAACAUUUUUCUGCAGAAGAAUGUCUCCUUAUUCUGUCCCCCAAAAUGAAAAAAAAAAAAAAAAAAAGGAUUUCAACACUCAUUAAGAAUUCCAGGACUACUGUUUUGCAGUGAUCCACAUGUGUAUUUCUAUGCAUACACAGUAUGCAGAUGACAGCAGCCUGCCCACCCCAACACAAGCCCCCAAAAAAAGGUUUUUAGGUACUUUUUCAUAAAUAGAAAACUUUGCUUCAGGAUUUGCAUAGUCCUUGUAUAGUCCUUUCCUUGAGUGCUUGAGAUACUGAAAUAUAAUUAUUAUGCUAACUGAUGAGAUACAUAUUUAAUAUAAAUAGGAAUAAAAUAUAUGUAUAUAAAGGUGUAUUCUUGCUAUUAUGGUUGAGGUUAGUAAUUCAUGGUGACAACAUAACUAUGAUGAUAUCAGUGUAGUGAAGUAACUUUGACAUUAAUAUUGCAGUAUUUCUUCGCCAUAUUGUGUGUUCAGCAAAGCUUUAUUACAACUAAAUUUAUAAAUGCUACAAAGGAGUGCUGGAUUCAUACCUUUGACUUGAAAAAAAGGGCAUGAUGUUACAUUUUUUUAAAAGGUUCACUUAAAGAGUUAUACAGUAUGUGCAUAUAUUUAAUUACAUAUCUGUACACAUUUAUCCCACACAAUCUCUUCCACUAUAAAUGUUGGAAUAUACCUAUAAAUACAGUUCCUACUACAUAAACAUUUAAAUAUCAUAACACACCUGUAUCUGUAUAUAUUUCUACAAAACCAAAGCCUUUAAACUACUGGUUUAAGAACCUUGAAAGCAUAGAGUGCUAUGUUUCAUGAAGUUCAAAGCUUUUGCAUAGUGUUUUACUCUGCCUGAAGGCAAAAUCAGAGUGUGCUGGUUCUGUGUCAUAGCUUUGUGUGAGUCACUUGCAGAAACUGCUCCUUCCUUUCAUAAUGUACAUAGGGGACAAUAUGGAAAAAAACCCCAAACCUAGCCCGGCUACAGGCAGGUUUCUUGCUUUGAAGUUCAUUGUCUUCAGAACUCAACCUUUUCAAAGCCAGCUGGUGGAUUACAGCCAUGCAGCUGUCAUUAAUUUCAUCAUGAGCUGUGUAUCUCAUUAUUUCAGUCAGCUCUCAAACACAUUCUCCCCAAUUUAUAUUGUCUAGCUAUAACAAUCAGUGUGGCUUACACAAGAAACCAGGUGAAAUGGAGUUUAUCACUUUGUCAGUUCAGCCUUAAAUCCAUUGAAACUAUUGUCACAUUUGGUAUUUCAGUCUCUGGGUACAAGAAGUUGUCCCACUAAUUCUUAAUACUCCUCUCAAUGAAGACAACUAUUUUAGUAUCCCACUUGAUGUCAGAUAUGAACAUAUUUUCUUUCAAACUCACUCCACAGCACAGUUUAAUGCCUAAAGUACACUUUAUUUCUCUGUUCUGAAAACAAUUACUUGUAUUAACAUGCACAAAAUUACUGAUUAACCCUACCUCUUCUAAUUCCAAAUAACAGUGAGGCUCUUGAGCUGUAGGUACCAUUUCUUUUCCCAUAAGUUAGCCACACAUGCAAUAUUAGCUGUAGAAGGCCUAGGUUUUCUAGUAUCUCACACAGUUGGGGGGGGGGGGGUGUGGAAAUAAUGUAAUGCUGAUUUUGGAGAUGGUGUUAAUUUUUAAUUAGAAGCAGUUUAUACUUAAGAGCAGAUUACUCAUAUCUUCACAGAGGACAUGUACAAGUGAGCUACUGAUAAAAGGAAACAAUUAAUUUCACUGAUGAUCAACUGCUUUCUCCUUAGAAGAGAGCACCUAAGCCUGAUUAAAUGUAUCACCUCCUGACAAUUGCACACAUGUAAAAAUAAACUUUUUAAUUCCAAUCCAAUGCAUUUUUCCUGGAAGUGGCAUGAACUGAAAAAUUCAGCACACUUAUUUAAUUCAAACAUAAGGUUUGUCAAAAUUACCACGUAACUGAUUUUCCAGCCCAUUAUACGGAAAGAUAAUGAAGAGUCAGGUCUAGUCCCUUAAAAUUUGAGGAGUGAUCUGGAAGGUGUCCCUUCCACUUAGGCAUAAGAAGAUAGCAGAGACUUUUUAUGGAAAAAAAAUCGCCUCACUCAUGAUAAAUUAAUAUGUUUUUAAAGGUGUUAUAAAGACCUCGUAUUUCAAGCAAAUUUAUAUAGCAGUAUUAGUUCAGAGUCUUAGCGCUGAUGCUGCAGUUCUUUCCUUCAUGUCAAAUCACAUGCAGUUUACAUUUCAGAAGGUUUCAGCUUUAUUUCCCAGGUACCUGCCAUACUUCUUCAGGGGCUUGCACUAAUUUGAAACAUAAUCUUGAACAUCGGAGCUUGAAUAACAGAAUGAGUUUGGCCUGAGUAUGGUAAAUAACAAGGGCUGGUUUGGACUUUGACAGGAAGAAACAGCAUAGAAUCUGGUGUGGUAAUUAGUGAUGCUUGCUAAAUGCAGCAAAUUGUGACAGCAGGAUAUUUUAUCCUGGUCAUUGCGGUGGAUGGAAAUUGCACGGGAAAGUUUCUUUUCCACAGAAGGAAGUUUGUUUCCAUAGAGAAACUCCUAUCGAAGUAGCACUGUUUGUAAAUGUGUAUUUAUGUGACAGUGCUCUGGGAUAGCUGGUUCCUGCUAACUUCCACAGCAUGAGCUUGGCAUGCCAGGGACUCAUGUAUGCUCAGCUGCCCACGUGAAGUCAAGUAUGUGAUUCCCAUUUACCUCAGUGGGAACUGGGUUGAGCUGUAUAGAAAGCGAAAGAAUGGGUCAAAUCCACCUUUUUUUUACCUGUAAAGAGGGACCGAACCCUUACCCUUGGUGACAGCUGCCUCACCUGCUCUUUGCUGUGUUCAGCUAUUCCCACUGAUGCCCAAGGUACCUUACAGAUGUAGCUGAAGUUAGAAUUUGAGUCCUCUUUGUAUUCACAUGGCAGAUACCUGCAUGUGUCUCUUAAAGAAUGUAGUUUGAAAUGCACUGUAAAUAGUUUUAACAUACAUUCCUAUUAUAGUUUAAUAAAAACCUUAAUCACAGUCACUAGUCACUGAGUUUGUCCAUUUGUAUUCUUCUACCUUUUAAAAAUAUCUGAACAAAUACAUAGUUUCUGGGCACAGUAUUUUUGUACUAGGUUAAGGGGUUUUUCUGUAUAUUAUGUUUUGCCUUUAAGCAGUAUUAAAAUCUUCUGAAUGUUAUGUGUUCUCUCUUGCUACUGUCCUAUGACUUCUUAGAAUAAAGCUAGUUACAUUACUUAAGAGAACCAUUAGCCCUACUUACUGUACAGCUGCUAGAGAACAUAAGAGUCAGCUUAUUUUCUGUGGUCAGACUGCUGCUUAUUACUUAUUUCCUCCAUUCUUCUCUUUGUACUGUUUUCAUGCUUUUUAAAAUAAAAAGGAUGAUGUCAAAUUUUA